AAAUGAUUAAAGCUUUGAUCUCCACCUAAUUUCCGUAUUUACCCCUAAAAACCCAUGGAAUUCAAUCAUCAAUAAUCACACAAGAACAUCAAGAGAGAGAAGAAUCCUUUCUCUUUCUCUCCCUCUCUCUUCAUCCUCUUCUUCCUUUUCUCACUGAACAUUCGCCAUCUUUUUCUUCCUCUGCUAACACCGAGUUUAUGGGUUUCUUGCGCUGCAAGCAAUAGUUUCUCAUCAAACCCUAGAUUCUCUGUUUCCAACUUCUUAGCUAAGAAACAGAGGAACCCUAAAAGCCAUGAAACAGUUCGGUUCAUCUGAUUCCUUGCAUCCUCUGUUCUCCAUCUCCCAACCCCAAGAGUCCUCUGUUUCUCACAAACACAAAUAUACGGUGGCGGAGCACAUGAGUUCGACAGAUCUACGAGGCUACAGUGAAGAGUUUCAGACAAUGUUGGACGAUCUAGUGGAAGAAGACGCGCUGUUAGAAGAGACCCUCAAGAACACGGCGUCGGAGAAGAAGAGAAGAUUGACUGCAGAACAGGUCAAGGCCCUGGAGAACAAUUUCGCGGUGGAGAACAAGCUCGAGCCAGAGAGGAAGGCCAGACUAGCGGAGGAGCUAGGGCUUCAUCCGAGGCAAGUCUCCAUAUGGUUCCAGAACCGCCGUGCUCGUUGGAAGACUAAGCAGCUGGAGAAAGACUACGGCGUUCUGAAAGCUGAUUAUGAUGCCCUCAAGCUUGAUUACUCCAAUCUUCAGCAAGAGAGGCAAGCCCUUACCUCAAAGCUUGAAGAGCUAAGGGCCAAGUUUAGAGAAGAGACCAAAGAAGAAGAAAACAAGUCUCCGACAGGACAAAACAGAGAACACCGAGAAGAAGAAGACAAACUCCAGAUUCCGAUCAUAUCCCCGUCUUCCUCGUCGUCUCUUGCGUAUCUCAACGGCUCGUAUUCUACGUCAUCAUCGCGAUCAACGGCUGAGAAUUUCCUGUUAAUCGGAAAUUACUCGACGACGAUGGAAUUGCAGAGGGUGAAACUGGAAGAACAGUGUAGUAUUUUCAGCGCGGAAGAGCCUUGCAAUUUCUUCUCUGUUGAUCAUGCUCCUACACUCCAAUGGUACAUCGAUGGACAGUGAAAUGAUACAGUAAACCCUUAUUUCAAUUACGGUUAAAAUAAAAAUCGUCUAAAUUUCAUUUCAGCCGUAAUAUCAAAUUAAUUUUUUUUAUCAGUAAUAUGUAGAAAUUAAUGCAUUCGAGACAAUAUGGUAAAAGCUGUCUGUGUUU